AAUUCCCCGCCCCCCCAGCCGGAGGACAUUUUUAACAAUGAACAACCCCUCCGGAAACGAGUGGCUGGUGUUCACUCAAAGCAUGAUGUGACUUACUUCAAAACGUUUCCAAAGAGAAAGCGAACUGGCAGACGUUCAGAAUGGCACAGAGCUUUUUAAUGGAGGUGUGUGUGGACUCCGUGGAGUCUGCUGUGAAUGCUGAGAGAGGAGGUGCAAGUCGGCUUGAGUUGUGUUCAAGCCUCUUGGAGGGAGGGCUCACCCCCAGUUUAGGCCUUCUGCACGUAGUAAAGCAGUACAUCAAAAUCCCAGCCUAUGUGAUGGUACGGCCUCGAGGGGGAGACUUCCUUUAUUCAGGUCAGGAGGUGGAGGUGAUGAGGAAGGACAUAGAGCUGAUGAAGAGCCAAGGAGCUGAUGGUCUAGUUCUGGGUGCCCUGACAGAGGAUGGUCUGGUGGACGCAGAACUCUGCAUGGAGCUACUGGCUGCUGCUCGUCCUCUGCCUGUGACCUUCCACCGUGCUUUUGACAUGGUUCACGACCCAGCAGUUGCUCUGGAGACUCUAAUAUCGUUAGGGUUCGAACGCGUGUUGACAAGUGGCUGCGACAGCUCAGCUUUGGAGGGGCUGCAUGUCAUUAAACGUCUCAUUGAUCAAGCCAAAGACAGAAUAAUUGUUAUGCCAGGAGGGGGCAUCACAGAGAGGAACCUGCAGAGAAUACUAGAAGGGUCGGGGGCUCAGGAGUUUCACUGCUCGGCUCGCUCCAGCAGAGACUCGGCAAUGAAAUUCAGGAACACCUGCGUGACAAUGGGAGCCACGUUGUCGGCACCUGAGUACGGCCUGAAGGUGGCAGACGUGAGCAAAGUUCGGAGUCUAAACGCGAUAGCCAAAAACACCUUGUGAUACCUCAAAUGUAAUCAACAACGAUCAUGCCAACGUGUUGCCAUUUAUUUUCAUACGUACAUUAAACGUGCCUCAAAAUUUUAUUUUAGAUUUAUUAACGAAGAAUUACAAUUUAAGUGGCGCUCUUGGUGUUGUUGCUCAUGAGUGAUGUCCUGAUGCAUCUCAGUAAUCCAGGUAAAAAA